AUGGCCCACGACGCCCUCUGCGACUUCGUCGACAAGCACGCCCCGGUUCUGGAACGCAGCGCGGCCGUCCUACAGCACGUUGUUCGCGUAGCCCGCCAGCGACGCAACAGCGAGCAGCUCGUCCACCGCCUCCCGCCCGAACUCGUCUCUCGCAUCUUCACCGACCUCGUGUCUGAGAACACUCCAGAAGGCGACCAAAAUCUCGUCACUGCCACCCACGUGUGUCGUCGAUGGCGACUCAUUGCGCUCGACGACUCCAGCCUCUGGACGGGCGUCAACGUAGUCGCGACGCGGAAGCAUGAACACCAAGCAGUCGCGUUCAUCGAGCGAUCCGCAAACAGGCUUAUCGAUGUCAAGUUCUUUGGGUUCAUGGGCCUUCUCAAUGUAUUACGCAUGGCUUUGGGAUUCCGCCGCGCGUCCAGGGCCCACCGCAUCCGCUCGUUCGUCGUGGGCCACCGUGAUGAGAACGUUGUCCCUACCCUCAUGUGGACGAUAGCCGGGUCUUGGUACGCCACACACCUGCACACACUGCACAUCCUCGGCACCGAUAGUAUCCUCGACCCAGAGAUGGAGCGAUUUGCUUCCGUCGUGAGUGGGAUGGAGGCGUUCGACUGUGUUCCCGCCGAGGACCUCGAGUGGACGCCCACUCCUGCCCUCCGCUCCCUCCGCCUCCAUGGGUACCAUCUCAACUGGAAAUCGCGAGUCUACCGGAACUUGACCGAGCUCGAGCUCAGAACGCCGGAUGCCUACCCUAUCAGCCAGAAGCGACUCCUCGAGAUUCUCAAGGCGUGCCCAGAUCUGGAGCGGCUCCACCUCCUGCUUGCGGACCCCGACGAACCCUUCGUCGAAACCGGCGACUUCAUCUGGGACGUCUCCCUCCCCAAGCUGGUCAAGCUGGACCUCCACAUGAUCUCACCCGGAUCGGUCGCGAAGAUCCUUGAGCACCUUGUCCUCCCCCCAACGACGCGCUACCAACUCUCAUCGGAAGAAGUUCACGACGUCUCGAUCCUCCCCAUGGACCUCACUCGCCUCCCUGGGCUCGAGGGUCCGACGAUCAUCCGCGCCGACAUCUUCAUGCCGCGGGACGAGAACGUCCGGGAGCCGGUGACGCAGGUCUCGUGCACGCACGCCACGAUCGGGGACGCGGUCGACCCGGUGCUCAAGCUCGCGCUGUACGCGUGGGAGACGACCGGACGGUCAUUCGCGACGCUGCCCGCGGUGCUCGACCUCUCCGCGCUCGAGACGCUCGUCGUGACCGGGCUCGCCGUCCCGCUCGACGACCUCGCGGACCUGCCGUGGCCGGCUCUGCUGCGCCAGCUGCCCGCGCUGCGCACGCUCCGGCUCGUGAAGCCGGACGGGGAGGAGUUCUUGUCCGCGAUCGACGCGCUCGUGACGGACGACCCGGUGCCGGUCCCGCCAGGCACGGCGCGCGUGCCGCUGUUGGAGGAGGUCGAGGCGAGCGGGGUGGAGCUCACGGAGGAGCUGCGCGUUGACCUGCUGGACCUCUUCGUCGUGCGCAAGGAACAGUGCAGGGCAUUGCCGCGGCUUCUGCUCCCGCAGGCGAGUGGUGUUGAGGGUGAGUGGGUUCAAACGGUGAGGUCUCUGGGAACGCAGGUUAUUUUGGGUGAUGCAUACUAG